CGAUGCUCAUGCGCGAACUUCGAAUCCAGCUAGCAACAACGCAGCCAAUCCGAAUGAGGCAUAGAAGAAUUCAAACUUGAAUGAGUGUAACGUACGUUUGAUUUUGUCGUUAGCUAUUCUCGUGGAAUGUUCGCUGGUGUUUCGCUCUGUCCCGCCUUCAAAGGUUCAAUUGAAUACGAGCUAAAAAUAAGAGUAGAGAUCGCAGGGAGAAGAAGUUUGAACACAUGAGUUUUUUCGACGAACAGUGUGACAAGAGACGCAAAUAAUUGACGUAAAUAGUUACGUAUUAUCAUUAAGUAUUAUUGGAUGGCAUUUAUAUUUUGACGUAUAGUAAUUUUUUUCUUUAUGACUUGAUACUAAUAUAUUUUGCGUGCACGCUAUAUAUUUUACUGAUUGACACAAUGGAGGACCUUGAUCUGCAAGCACCACAAUGGGUAGAUUUUACUGAGACUCAAAGUCCGAUGCGGAUGCAGGACUUCUUUGAAAAAUCACAUGCAAUACAUGAACGCAUAGAGGAUUUCUGUAACUCUGCUUCUGAGAAUACAGAGAACAUUCAGCUCAUGUCUAACACAAAUGUCAUAUGUGCUAGCACAGAGGCACAAACAGAUUUAGAAAUUAUAAAGAGUACUCCUAUCAAAAUGGCUUCUCCGAAAAAUGGUAAUAAUGAAUUAGGAGAAACUACUUAUGAUCAAGUACUCAGCGAUGCGAUGAGGCAACUGGACCUUUGUAAAGUGCCACUUAAAAAAACUCGAGAAGCACUAAAUAAAAGUACCCAGGAAUCGACUGUUUUUAAGACACCGAAUAUGUCUAAAACCAUUAAACCAUCUAAAAUUAUCAAUUGUCGUAGUGUACCGAAUAAAUACAUUCACUCUGGACAAGAUUCUGUGCAAAAGUCCACGAAAGUGAACAAGAAUAUCUGUAUUUCAGUCACUAACAUGUCUGAAAAUACAAAAGAAAUAUCGGUUAAUCAUGCCUUAUUUAAGCCUGAAAAUCACAAUGAGAAUAAUGUAGUAGAAGAUUCUAAAAAUAAGAAAGAAAAACAAGGUGAGGAGGAAGAGAAUAAGAAAUAUAAUGAAAAACAUGAAAAAGACAUUGAAAAAUAUAAUGAAGCAGACAAUAAGGAAUAUAACGAGGAAGAUGAUAAAGAGCGGCAAGAUGAAUCAAAAGGAUCAUCUGACAGUAAGAAAACCAAGGAAGAGAACAAUCAAGACGAUGUGGACGCUACAAUCGAGUCAGGCAAUCAAACACAAUCUACGAAUAAGCAUUCAGUUCUUACCUGGUAUAAUCAUAGACGAAGCUUACAAAAACGCAGAACAUCGGUCAACAAGAAAUACGUCAGUUUAGCGGAGGCAGUAUCGCGCUUUCAAAACGAGACGCCCAAGCGUUUCCACAGUAGAAGUAAGGUGAAUAACACGACUGGUAUGCCACUGUCGAAAACAAUGCAGAACCGUUUAAAACCAACGGUACCGAUUUCACCAGCACUUAUAUCAAAGAACAGGUCGCGUCCUGUUACCGUGCUGAGCCGAGAAGAGCGCGAGAAACUAGAAAUGGAAGAAAUGAAGAAACAUCAGAUAAAAGCCAAUCCGAUACCAUCUAAUGUACUACGAGGCUCACGAGUGAUGAAGAAGCCGACGGUAGUCGCGCAUAAUUCUACCGAAUCCAAUGGAAAAGUUCAUGGUCCGAAGAAUGUCACAAAAUUGCUGGUAACUGAUCCUUCAGGUCUCAUUGUAGAACAUGAGGAAAUAUCAUUUUUUGGUGUACCAAAAGACAUUGAUAUAACGAAAAACGUAACACGCAUCAUACCAUUUAGCUUCGAGGCGCGCAAUAAGGAUCUACAGAUAAAAAAGGAACAACGACUGAAGGAUUUGCAAGAAGCUACUAAAACAAAGACAGAAUUCCAUGCCAGGCCAGUGCCAAAUUUUUCGAAGCCACCAACACCACCGGCCAAACAGCAGCAGCAGAAUAGAACAAAGAAAUCUAUCUUACCGUGUCCAUUCAGCUUUGACAAUCGAGACAAGAAAGUAUUUGAAAGAAAGGAGCACUUAGUGAAACAACUGCUCGAAAAGGAUAAGCAAGCGCGUGUAUUCCGCGCGAAUCCGGUACCAGUCUUCAAACCUGUAAUGGUUCGUGGUAGAUCCAAAGAGAAUCUUUCAAUGAAGAACAAGAAGAUUGUAAGCGAGCAAGCGGAAGAUCAGGAAAACAAAACGCCGAAUAUUGAUUCUUUAAAGGCAGAGAAGAAGAAUGUAGAGAAGGCGAAGAGCACAGUUUACACUGUUGAUAAACAAAAAGCACCAUUAAAAGCUUAUCCGCUGAAAUUAAAUACUGAUAAACGGGCGAAGGAACGAUAUGAGUUUAACGAGAAGAUGAGGCGUAAGGAAAUGGAAGAGGAGACAAAACGUCAGGAAGCAGAACAGAAGAGACUCGAAUCUGAGAAAUUAAUGAAAAUAGAAUUACGCAAGUUAUCGGAGGUGAAAGCAAGACCGAUGCCAAUGUACAAAUCGCCAGUUAUUCUUAAAGCGACAAAAAAGCUGACCAAUCCACAGAGUCCUGCAUUUGCGAGUAAACUUAAAUCGAAGCAAAUAUGA